AGUUUCUCAUGUUCUCAGUGCUCCCUCUAACUGGGUCAAAGCCAUGACCUUGGGCACAGUCCAUACCCUGUCUCUGUCCUUGCAGAAUUCAAAGCUGAGACCUCUGAUCAUCGCCAGCACGGAAACUUCAGUUUUCCAUAUGCCACCUGAGGGGAUCUUUGUGUUCCCACAGUUUGUGUACAAAGAUGAGACAUCUGAAAAAGAACUGGCUGCAAAGACUGCCCAGCGAGCUUGUCCUGGUGAGCACCUCAUUCCCCGAGGACAUCUGUCUCCCGGCCGGACGAGUGGCCUUGGUGUCCCUGGAGAAAAAAGGAGAAAAGCAGGGAGGGCAGCAGGGGCCACGAGCAACCAAGGCAGCCGAGCAGCGAAAUGCAAGGGUGUCACAGCAACAGAGUGUCCUGAAGUCAGGCUACCACCUCUGGACCCUCAGAUGGGAGCAUCAGUGGCAAGGCGGCCAUCUGAGAUACCCCCAGUGCGUUGGCCAGACUUGUCCCUGCGCUUCCCCUGCCCUAAAGGCACCGGGCAGGACAGGGCCAAAGCCCAGCCAGGAUGGGAGAGGGGCAAGAGGAAUGGGGAGGAGAUGUCGCGCUACCAUCCCUGGGCAGAGCAGCGGAGGACACCGGCCCCUUGGCUGCGAACACCAUGGCCAGACCCCCAGCCACCACGAGCAAGGCAGGUCCUGCCAUACCUGGAUCUGUCCAGAUCCCGCCAGGAGUGGAGGAUGACUCUGGAGCUCAACAAGCUGUGGACACCGCUCCCAAAGCAGCUCCUCUGUGAAGCGAAGAAUAUGGAGCUCCAUGACCCCAGAGGAAAGCAUGCAGCCCGUCCAGCAGCACGUGGGCUGUGUGUGCAGCACGGCCGGGUCACACCGCGCAGACCUGCACCACAGCACUGAGCAGCGAAGUCUAGAGGGCCCCAUGAGUGGACCUCUCAGGGCCAAGUGAAGAGGGGUUGGUGCUGGAGCUCCUGAUCUCGCUCUGGUCCUGCCUCCUCUUUUCCUCUGCAGCAGAGCCCCCAGCAGAGCGCGGUCUUUCCAAUGCUGCAUGUGUUAAGUGCUGGGCUUGGCAGUGUUAGGUUAACAGUGAGACUCAUUGAUCUUAAACGUCUUUUCCAAGCAAAAAAUUCCACGACUCCUCCUGGAGAUGCCCAAAAAAGGCAUCGAGGGCCUGUUCCCCACUGGAGUCCCCAGCCUGUGCCUGGCAGGAUGUCCAUGGCUGAUGGCCACCCUCUGCACUGGCCCAUCCUCGUGCAAGAGACCCCAGCAAGCACAGGGGACCUGUCCCCCGCACCCUCGGGGUGACCAACACACACAGCUCAGCCCCGUCUGGCACAAAGUAUCACAGUAUCACAGUAUCACAGUAUCACAGUAUCACAGUAUCACAGUAUCACAGUAUGUUUGGGAUUGGAAGGGACCUCAAAAGAUCAUCUAGUCCAAUCCCCCUUCUGGAGCAGGAACACCUAGGUGAGGUCACACAGGAACAUGUCCAGGCGGGUUUUGAAUGUCUCCAGAGAAAGAGACUCCACAACCUCCCUGGGCAGCCUGUUCCAGUGCUCUGUCACCCUCACUGAGAAGUUUUUUCUCAAAUUUAAGUGGAACCUCUUGUGUUCCAGCUUAAUCCCAUUACCCCUUGUCCUAUCAUUGUUUGCCACCGAGAAGAGCCUGGCUCCAUCCUCAUGGCAAUCACCCUUUAUAUAUUUAUAAACAUUAAUAAGGUCCCCCCUUAGUCUCCU